AGAAUAAGUCAGUAGAAUAACUACCUAGAUAAUAAAUGACAUGUUCCCUGUGGGCUUCUGUCACAGUGGUAGAGAUUUUCUUGUCCACCAUACAACGUACAGACUGUUAUCUAUUACUGUUUGCUUGUAACGUGUUUUUAGUAUUAUGCACGUCGCAUAAUAAUAUGGCAAGAAGAGAGCAAAGUCUACUAUACUAUAACGUCACAAUACUAGUCGUGUCAGUGUCGCGGCGGACGUUUGAGAACAAGCUGGGUUUUUCCCACUCUAUACGCGGUGUUUGGUGACUCUCUGAGAGAAAAGUAGGCUGAUAUUUUCAACUGCAAAAUUCUUCUACGAUAUUUGUUCUAUUUCUACAGCUGUUUGAACACUUUGAGCCCAGAAUUCCUGCUGAUAGUUGUUAAACAUACGCAGAUAUUUGCAGACGGUUUAAUCAGUGAGAACUUUACAUUUUGAAACAGUUUUUUCAUCAAAAACUGAUACAAGAACAAUAAAAUGGCACCAGGAAAAGCACCAGCGAUUGGGAUUGAUCUGGGUACCACCUAUUCUUGUGUUGGGGUCUUUCAGAAUGGGAAGGUAGAGAUCAUUGCUAACAAUGAAGGAAACCGAACCACACCCAGUUAUGUUGCCUUCACAGAUACAGAAAGAUUGAUCGGUGAUGCUGCAAAGAAUCAGGUGGCAAUGAAUCCCAAGAACACAAUCUUUGAUGUCAAACGUCUUAUUGGGAGGAGAUUCACAGAUGACAACGUGCAAUCAGACAUGAAGCACUGGCCUUUCACCGUCAUCAACAAAGGAGGCAAGCCAAUGCUACAGGCAGAGUACAUGGGAGAACAGAAGACAUUGGCUCCAGAAGAAAUUAGCUCGAUGGUCUUGACCAAGAUGAAGGAGACAGCUGAGGCUUAUCUUGGCCAGCAGAUCACCGAUGCCGUCAUCACUGUUCCCGCUUACUUCAACGAUGCACAGCGACAGGCGACGAAGGACGCAGGUGUGAUCGCUGGCCUCAACGUCCUCAGAAUCAUCAACGAGCCCACCGCUGCCGCUCUAGCUUACGGACUCGAUAAGAAGCUGAAGGGGGAGCAACAUGUCCUCAUCUUCGAUCUCGGUGGUGGUACGUUCGAUGUCUCGAUCUUGGUUAUCGAUGAAGGUAUCUUCGAAGUAAUUUCGACAGCCGGUGAUACACAUCUCGGAGGAGAAGACUUCGAUGACAGACUAGUCCAUCAUCUUGCCGAGGAGUUCAAGCGAAAGCAUAAGAAAGACAUGAGUUCCAACCAAAAAUCGCUUCGUCGCCUCCGCACAGCAGCGGAGCGAGCAAAGAGAACACUGUCAAGCAGUCCUUCGGCAAACAUCCACGUUGACUCACUCUACGAAGGUAUCGACUUCUCCACCAGUGUCAGCAGACUACGCUUCGAGGAGCUGUGUUCAGAUCUCUUCAGAAAGUGUCUCCAGCCAGUGGAGAGGGCCAUCAUUGAUGCUAAGAUCGACAAGAACAAGAUUGACACCGUGGUACUUGUCGGUGGAUCAACACGAAUCCCGAAGAUCCAGAAGCUUUUCCAGGAAUACCUCAACGGCAAGGAUCUGAACAAGUCUAUCAAUCCUGAUGAAGCUGUCGCCUAUGGUGCUGCUGUCCAAGCUGCCAUCCUAUCUAAUGACCCAAGCGAAGAAAUCAAAGACGUUAUUCUAGUCGAUGUGACCCCUCUCUCUCUUGGCAUUGAAGUAAAAGGAGGUGUGAUGUCAAAGCUCAUUGAUAGGAACACAGCAAUCCCUACAAAGGCAGCCGAAGAUUUCGUUACUACUGCUGACAACCAGCUUGCCGUUACCAUCAAAGUGUUCGAAGGGGAAAGAGCUAUGACUAAAGAAAACAAUCGACUUGGCCAGUUUCGGUUUUCCGGUAUCCGUCCUGCACCUCGGGGCGUCCCUAAGAUCGAAGUCUCUUUCGACAUCGACGCCAACGGCGUCAUGGACGUCACUGCCAAGGACAAAAGCACGGGUCGUAGCAACAAGAUCACCAUCACCAACGAUAGAGGAAGGAUAUCUAAAGAUGAAAUCGAGCGCAUGAUCAACGAUGCCGAGAGAUUCAAGGCCGAAGACGAUGCUCAGCGAGAACGCAUCGCGGCCAGGGACCAACUCGAGAGCUUUGCCUACAACGUCAAGUCCGCAAUCAAUGACGCAUCGGUAGAGCGCCAGGUCAGCUCCAGCGACAAGGAUUUCGUAAUAAAAGCAUUUGAUGACGUCAUCACUUGGAUGGAUAACAACUCUUUGGCAAAGAAGGAAGAAUUGUCGUUCAAGUUGAAAGAGUUGCAGAAGACAUGCUCUCCCAUCAUGGCUAAGUUACACGCAGGCAGUAACUCAGGUUACCCGGGACAAUAAGCCAACUCAUCGUAAUCAGGCAGUGGUGGGCCUACUAGUGAUGAAAUGGAUUAAAUGACAGCCGUCAUCAUGGAAUUCCUUUUACAUUUCAGGCCAAGUGUAAUUUUAACCUUAACUUUGACAAAUCAGAUCCAAAAAUAUAUUUUAUAUUAUAUUAUAAUUUAACAUCAACUGUUAAAACUGACGAAAUUUUUGUUAAUAUGCUUUAGAAAAAUAACUGUAUAUCUUAUUCAAUUAAUGUUCUAGAUGACUAGUCAUUUGAGUACUUUUUCUCCUUUAAUGUAAUUGUAUAGCUAUCUCAUGGCAGAGUAUAUCUACCAUUCAUCAAGGUAGUCUAGAAAUGUUGGAGUAAUUAACUAAAAAUGAUAUUUCCCUCCAAUAUAUUGCUUAAUUUGCAUAGUACCCUUAUCCUUCAAUAUUUGAAUUAUGGGACAUUAGCAUGGGGCAACUCCUCCAAAAAUCAACUGUAUAAAUUAUUGUUGCUACAAAAGAGGGCAAUGAGAAUAAUUUGUCAUAAGAACAGAUUAGUCCGUUCAGAUCAAUUGUUUUAUUGCAUUAUUGCUUUAAAAAUAUUUGAUUUACAUAAUCUGCGUCUGGGUUUUAUUGUGUAUCAACUGAAUCUGGACGAGUUGCCUCAUGCAUUAACUUUGUUGUUCAAAAAAACCCGAGAGAUUCCUCGAUUACCCAACAAGACAAUCUUCUUAUUACCAUAUUCCAAUGUUAAAAACUCUUUGUCUAAAGAAAACUUUAAUCGGCUACGCUGGCCCGAUCUUUUGGAAUUCUCUUGAUUAGUCUCACCAAGUCUGUUUGCAUUUAAACGUAAUCUGAAGUUAAAGCUACUUUUAAAGAAUCAAUGUAACACUUUGCGGUCUCCUGCACUUUUCCAACAGAAUAGUUCGGAUAAUACUUUAAAUUUAUGAUUAUA